CAAAGCCUGUGAAAGCCUGGACUUGGUGAGGAGACUGCACUGCAUCAACAGAGAUGAUGAAGGACUACGAUGAGUCCAUCCAGUUUCUGGGCCAGUGGGGUCGCUUUCAGCGGGUCAUCUUCUUCCUCCUCUGCACCACCACCAUCCCGAACGGGUUCGGCACUUUCACCCUCGUCUUCCUCGCGGACACCCCGGAGCACCGGUGCCGAAUCCCUGAGGUCAACCUCACGGACGAGUGGAGAGGCGCGAUCAUCCCCGAGCUGGACCUCAGGACAGAGGAGAAGAAAACAGAUGGCUAAACAAGGACCUCAUGUUUUGUUUGUAUUAGCUGACGCUCCCUCCGUUUCUCCAGACAAAUGGAUUGCAACACUCAAAAUAAAUGGAACUCUGGUCACAGUGAAGCUGGACACAGG